AUGUGCGCUCGGCAUGUCUCCAUCCAGGCCAGGAGCACAAGACGGGCGCGGUCAGCGGGGACCAUUCUGCACCUAGAACUGCUGGUGGUGGUGGGCCCCGACGUCCACCAAGUCCACCAGGAAGACACAGAACGCUACGUGCUCACUAACCUCAACAUCGGGUCAGAACUCCUGAGGGACCCAUCCCUGGGGGCUCAGCUCCAAGUACACCUGGUGAAGAUGAUCGUCCUAACAGAGCCUAAGGAUGCUCCGAACAUCACAGCCAACAUCACCUCCUCAUUGUUGAAUGUCUGUGACUGGAGCAGGUCCAUCAACCCCACGGAUGACUCGGACCCCGGUCAUGCCGAUCUGGUCCUCUACAUCACCAGGUUCGACCUGGAGUUGCCAAAUGGGGACCGUCAGGUUCGGGGGGUCACCCAACUUGGGGGUGUCUGCUCCUCCACCUGGAGCUGUCUCAUUACCGAGGACACUGGCUUUGACCUGGGGGUCACUAUCGCCCAUGAGAUAGGGCACAGUCUCGGCCUGGAGCACGACCGCGCGCCAGACAGUGGCUGUGGGGCCAGUGGCCACGUGAUGGCGGCGGAUGGUGUAGCGGCGGUCCGUGUGGGCGCCCCCUGGUCCACCUGUAGUCGCCGGCAGCUGGUGCAACUGCUCAGCGCAGGACGGGCGCGCUGCCUGUGGGACCCGCCACCCCCACAGCCCGAGACCCCAGGACGUCCGCCCGACGUGCAGCCUGGUCUUUACUACAGUGCCGACGAGCAGUGCCAAGUGGCCUUCGGGCGCACUGCUGUGGCCUGCACCUUCUCCAGGGAGCAAGUGGAUGUGUGCCAGGCGCUUUCCUGCCACACAAACCCCCUGGACCACAGUAGCUGUACCCGACUCCUUGUCCCCCUGCUGGAUGGGACGGAAUGCAGCUUGAACAAGUGGUGCUUCGGGGGGCGCUGUCGCUCGCUGGUUGAGCUGCCCCCUGUGUCUGCGGUGCACGGGCACUGGUCCAGCUGGGGGCGCCCCAGUCCUUGCUCCCGCUCCUGCGGAGGAGGCGUGGUCACCAGGAAGCGGAUGUGUAACAAUCCCAGACCUGCCUUUGGGGGGCGUGAGUGCACAGGUGUUGACCUCCAAGCUGAGCUGUGCAACACUCAGGCCUGCAGGACUAGCCAGCUGGAGUUCAUGUCUGAACAAUGUGCCCAAACCAAUGGGCAGCCGCUGCUCCUCCCCAAAGGCAACACCUCCUUCUACCGCUGGAGCUCAGCCGUGCAGUUCAGCCGAGGGGACUCUCUAUGCAGGCACAUGUGUCGGGCUGUGGGCCAGAGCUUCAUUGUGAGUCGUGGGGACAGCUUUGUGGACGGGACCCGCUGUGUGCCAAGUGUCCCUCAGGAAGAUGGGACCCUCAGCUUGUGCAUCUCUGGCAGCUGCAGGACCCUGGGCUGUGAUGGCAGGAUGGACUCCCGGCAGGUACGUGACAUGUGCCAGGUGUGUGGAGGAGAUAACAGCACCUGCAGUCGGCAGAGCGGCUCUUUCUCGGCUGGAAGAGCCAGAGAAUAUGUGACCUUCCUCACCAUCACCCCCAACAUGACCAGUAUCCACGUUGUCAACCACAGGCCGCUCUUCACACACUUGGCGGUCAGGAUCAGAGGGCAGUACGUCGUGGCUGGCAACACAAGUGUCUCUCCCAGUACCACCUACCCCUCCAUCCUGGAAGACAGCCACCUCAAGUACACAGUGCUGCUCAGUGAGGACCAGCUGCCCCGCCGGGAGGAGCUCCGUAUCCAGGGACCUGCCCAGGAAGACAUUGAGAUCCAGGUUUACAGGCGCUAUGGUGAUGAAUAUGGCAGCCCUGCCCGCCCAGACAUCACCUUCAGUUAUUUCCAGCCUCUGGUGGGGACGUGGACCGCCGUGCGGGGGGCCUGUUCGGUGAGCUGUGGGGCAGGGCAACACUUGGUGACCUACAGCUGUCUAAACCAGAGCCAGGGGAUGGAGGCUGCCGGGUGCAGAGGGAGACCGAAGCCACCAGCGAGGCUGGAGUCCUGCAUCCUAGCACCUUGUCCACCGUGGAGGGAGGCGUUGGCCCCUGACCCUGCUGUGGAGAACGGGACUCGUGCUCUCGGCGGAGAAGACCAGGAGGCUCCAGUGGCUGCUCUUUCUGGGCACGUGUGGAUUCUUGUGGGUGGACCCUGCUCCGUCUCUUGUGGCCGAGGCCUGAGGAAGUUGCACUCCGUGUGCUCUGAUGCUGCCCAGGGCACAGUGGUGGCAGAAGAGCUGUGUGCUCUGGAGAGCAGGCCCAGGAGCCAAUGGGAGGCCUGCCUGGCAUCCCUGUGUCCGGCACGAUGGGAGACCCGUGCCUUGGCGCCAUGUCCGGUGACUUGUGGAGGGGGCCAGGUGCCACUGGCUGUGCGUUGUGUGAGGCCGGACCAGGGCCACACCAUCCCCCUGCCCCAUGCCAAGUGCUGGCGGCUGCCCCGGCCCAGCCCCCAUGAGGACUGCAGCCCAGAGCCCUGCCCCGCCAGGUGGAGAGUCCUGCUCCCAGGCCCAUGCUCCACCACCUGCGGCCUUGGCAUCGCUCUGCGCUCGGUGGCCUGUGUACAACUGGACCAGGGCCACGAGAUAGAGCUGGAGGAGGUGGCUUGUGCAGGCCUGGAGCGGCCACAGGCCUCGGUCCCCUGCCUGCUCACCAACUGCACCUACCGGUGGACUGUCAACACUUGGACAGAGUGCUCUGUCUCCUGUGGAAAUGGCAUCCAGAGCCGGCAGGAUGUCUGCUUGGGACCCCAGGCUGGGACCCCCGUUCCAGCCAACUUCUGCCAGCACCUGCCCAAGCCAGCAACAGUGCGGGGCUGCUGGGCAGGGUUCUGCUGUGGGAGGGGUGCCUGUGGGCAGCAAUUCCUCCAGCCAGAAGGAACCAUUGACCUCCGAGGCCUGUCGCAGGCAGACUGCAUGGUGGCCAUCGGGCGGCCCCUGGGGGAGAUGAUCACUUUCCACGUGCUGGAGAGUUCCUUGAACUGCAGUGCUGGGGACCUGAUGCUGCUAUGGAGCAGGCUUAUGUGGAGGGGCAUGUGCAGGGGGCUGAUGGGCACCACCUUCAGCUCCAGGACCAACACACUGGUGAUGAGGCAGCGUCGGGUGCAGCCAACUAACGGGGUGCUGGUGCACUACAGGGCCAAGCCUGCCCUGCACCCAUCCCACCGAGAAUGUGACAUGCAGCUCUUUGGACCCCGGGGUGAAAUCUCGAGCUCCAUGCUGAAUCCAGAUGGGAGGAGUACAGGGGGCUGCCGGGUCUUCAUCAACGUGUCUCCACAAGCUCGGGUAGCCAUUCAGGCCCUGGUCACCGACGUGGGCACAGGGACCAAGGGGUCUAAGGCCAGCGACAUCUCGAUCCGGGACAUCCACAGCCUGAGGAUCUCCACGUUCCGCGGGCAGCAGUUGCUCUACUGGGAGUCAAGGGGCAGCCAGGUAGAGGUGGAGUUCAGUGAGGGCUUUCUGGAGGCCCAUGCCAGCCUGCGGGGCCAGUACUGGACCCUCUAUAGGGUGCCAGAAGAGGGGGCCCCUGCUUUGCCCUAG